AAGGUGGUCCUUGAAAUUUGCUUAAUGUGAGACUUAAACGACGUGUCCUGAUCAAAGAUAACUCCAAGAUUCCUCACAGUGGUGCUGGAGGCCAGGGCGAUGCCAGGUAAGCUAGUCCAAACAAAUACAUAUAAUCAUAUGCCAAUGUAGCCACAUGAGGCUACACCUUCAAGUGGACAAGACAAUAGAGACAUUGUAUUAUCAAGGUGAGAGCGGAUCAGUUAAAAAUCAAAGACAUCAGUUGGUAGUAAAUUGGGGGCUAAGCCACAGGGGUGAGGGGUGAGAAAGGUUGAGAUCUUCUAGCUGGAUAAGUGCGUCUCUCAGAAUACUCUCAGAAUACAGAUUGACAUAGAUCAUUGCAAGUGCCAAGUGAAGCUUAUUUAAGCCUCUGCCUUAUUGUUUGUUUUUCAUGUUGUAAAUUGAUCCAAAUUGUCUACUUCCUAUUUCAUAGGACAUAGAAAAAAGAAAAUAUAAAUUCCAAGUUUAAAUUUAAUCAAUUCAAUCUAUUGUGUAUUGAAUGCAUGUAGAUGGAAACUUGGACUUCCUCUUUAAACAGGAAGUAGGAGCUUCAGCAGGAGCACUCAGCACAUGAGGUCUAACAGGAGAUCUUCAUUACCUGGUUGGAAGGAUGAGUGAGCGACUGUGCGGGCUGUGUUACAAAAACGUCAGUUACUUAAGGCAACACCUUAAAAUCUACCACACCAUUCCAAACAAAGAAGAGUUCCAGCUUCUGAUGCAAUAUGGAAAUUCACGAACUAGUAAAUCCUUGGAAUGCACAAUAUGUGGGAAGAGAAAUCUCGUCCGCCUUGAUAAACACUUACAAACAGCACACAAAAUUGGUUCAGCAGAGGAGCGAGAACCGAUCAUGAAGCAGGCCAAGAGAGCAGUCAUAGUUAAAGAGCUGGCAGAACUGCGUGAGUCCAACCCUGAUGUGCCCAUUGUAUCCAGCUUGGACUUGGGUGUUACCACUGAACAUGAGAAGUUUGUUCUGCCCAUUGGAGAGAUCAUUGAGGAGGCUGUUUCUGAGGAACUGUCGGAGGAGCCAGAGGGAUCAGAGUUCAGGGAGGAGGAGGAGGCCUUGAGUAUCAGUUCAACACCCACAAACCAUCCUGUGACUGGAAUACAUUGUGCCUUCCAAUGCCCCUCCCCCACACCUCAAGGACAGGAUCGCGUUCAUACCUUGUCCUCCUCCAAUCACCCACAUCAACAAAUUGGUCAACAGUUUUCUUCCACCCCUGUUUCUGGGGCCAAAAACUCUUCUACCAGUCACCAAAUUCCUUCCACCGCCCUAUGUGCAUCCAUGUCUCCGCCUUCACGUGAGACUGUGACUUCUUUUAACCUACCGGAGAACUUGAGUGGCCAUAUUCAUCACUCGACUGGUUCAAUGUCAAGGGACUGCACGUCCAACUGGGAGAAGUUGGAUUCCAGGUUGCAGCAGUUGGAAAAAAAGGUGGAGUGUUUGAUGGAAAUUCAGCAAGAGAAACCCACUCCAUUUAAAGCACCUCUAUCUGUUCAAAACAGUGAGCAUGUCGGCAAGGGAAAGAAGGAUUCUUGUUUCUAUGAAAAGGUUGUUGAAGACUUCUUCAAGUUUCGCCUGGGGCCACGGACUGGACAGAAGGACAGGAGCAAUGCAAGGAGGUCUUCAGGCCAUGCUCUUCACUUUUGCCUCUACAUGGCUGCUGGUCUACCCUCCAAGAUUGUCUCCAGUGACCUAAGAUUCCUGAACCAAAUGGACAAGUUGUGUGGUUGGCCAACAUACCUGGUCCAGAAGGGCUACGAACCUGCAACAAUGAAAAACAUGUUGACCAACGUGACAAUGUUUUUCAAGCACAUUGAAAAGUCCUUCCUGAGUAAAGGCAAGCUCAAACAGAAUGAAUUAAAAACAAUUCUGCACGAGUUGACGAGGAUCCAGGCUGAGAUUCAAAGACUACGGGUUCAUUCUCGGCAAAAGCGGUUGUGUCGUAAAACAGAUGAUCAGCUUCAUGCAGUUCAGCAAAGUGCUUUCAUGACAGCUGCGAGGGAAAACAUUCCUAAAUUGUUUGAACAACUGGAGAGCAGUGGAAAUCAGAAGAAUGAGCAUUCUAAGCUAAUGGGUUACAUCAUGGGCUACCUGUGCAUCCUCACCGGACACAGAUCGGUUGUCCUCACCAACAUGAAGAAGGAAAAUGUGGUCAACUUUGUCUGUUGGAAUCAUGGCAAGAGAUUCCAAGUUCUGAUUGACGACCAGAAAACCAUGCAGUCAUUUGGUCAGGCUGCAUUCAACCUAAAUGAGGAGGAAUUUAGGUGGCUGGAAAACCUUGUCAACUCCAAGUGCUGUCCCCAGGGUCAGACCAGUGAUUAUGUUUUCCACACAACAUUUGGAAAAAAGAUCGCUAAGGCCGAGAACUUCCUUCAUCUGGCUUGGGCAGACUGUGGAAUGAAGGGCACAUUCAUCUUUCCCAAGAUCGAGAGCAGUCUUUCUACUCAAAACAGCCUUCCUCCUGCUCCUCCUCUCACGUCCAGGAGGGAGUUGGAUUUCUUAAGUGAAGAAUCUGCAGUCUCAAAAAUACAUGUCUACACACCUUCAAAGUGUUUUUGUGUAAUUGAGAAGUUGCAGCCAGUAGUUGCUGACUAUUAUCUCAUCAAAGCAAAUCUUUCCAAUGCCCUGCCCAGGCAAGCACCCCUUGCCGACCCAAAGAACAUACCUGCGCACCUGGCUGAGCAGAGCACCAGGUUCCAAGCAGCACAGAAAGUUCAGGAGGAACCAAAUAGUGAGCCUGAGCCCCUCACUGCCAAGACCACAGAUGAGUACCCAACUGAGCAGGUCCCAGGGAAAGUGUCAGCACCCUUGAGCCUCGUGCAGCAGACUCCCAACUGGAUGCUAGAAACACAAGAGAAGGAUGAACAAACCCCUUCGAGACUGGACCCAGGGUGUGUUCCAGAUCCUAUGAUCCAGGAGACAACAGAGUUGGUACCAGAAAUGCCUGAAGACCAGAUGCCACAAACCCAAGCAGAGGAGGUGCAGAAGCCCUAGUCAGGCAGGACCUGGCAUGUGCUCAAAAACCCAUCAUGCAGGUUGAUACCAAGAACGCCAUCAGAGGAGGUGUUUAGGGCAUGUUCCUUGUUACAAGACAGUAAAACACAGUGCCCCAAAGAUGUGAUUAGCUCUGGUUGGGAAUAAUCAUGUUUAAGAGUUUUAGAGUAAUAUGUUCAUUUAUCUUUAAAAGGAGAAAGAAUGCUGACGCUUUGAUUUAUUUAAUUUUUUUGUUUAUAAUUUACAGUUUCUCUUUUUGUUAAAUUGCAAGUUGGUCUAGGUAGUCUGUUACACACACACUUGCUCACACGCACAAGCACACAGGCGCACAU